CUAUAAUUUUUUUUUUUUUAAUGAGGCAUUAGUAAUGUUGACAAAAAUGCUCUAAUUGAAAUUUGAAAAUAUUUUUCAAGUGACUAUGUUUUCAGGGGAGAAAUGUUAACUAUGAAUAUAAUUCUGUGUGUUAAAGUAACUGUCAAGUACAAGUAACUGAAUGUCAUCUGUAAACAUUUGAGUUUAACUAAAUGACGAUGGCCAUUUUUUGUGCAAUAUUUAUUGUAUAUUUUCAAAGUUUUUUACACACAGGUUUAAGUGAUAGAAAUUAUGCUGCUAUCAAAGAUGUUCAUGCUCAUCUAGAUGAUAAUAAAGAUGGUAUCAUUGAUAUUUUUGAAAGCAAAGAUUACCUAAAAUCAGAAUUGCAAUAUAUUAACACUUCCCGUGAAAAUGUCCUUCAUAAAAGUAAUCCAAAAAUAUCUGUUAAAAGUUUAUGGGAAAAAUGGCAAAAUAAUGAAGUUAACCAGUGGAAAGUGUCAGAUGUUAUUACUUGGCUAAAAAAUGUAGUUAAAUUACCGGAAUAUGAAAGCAAUUUUCUUGCGGCUAAUGUUGAUGGCUCAACCAUGCCAAGUUUGGCAACUCCAAAAGUUCAGUUUGUUAAAGAAAUAUUGUUAAUUAAUAACACUCUUCAUCGAAAAAUGAUAUACCUUUGCGCUUCUGAUGCAAUUCUUUUUGGUCCUCCAAAAGAAAUGAAAAUGUUUGAUGAAAGUUUUCUUGCUUUAAAGAUGAUUUAUGACCAAAAAGGGAAUGUAAUUCAGUCCAGGCCUCAAAACCUUUUACUUGCAAGUAAACACAUAUCUCUUGAUGAUUUGUGGGAUAAGUGGCUAAAAAACGAAGCUUAUAAUUGGAAUAAUGGCCAGUUAAUUCAAUGGCUCACAAAAACUGUUGGACUGCCGCAGUAUCAAGAUAUCUUUCACUCAUUGAAGGCUACUGGUAAAUACAUACCAAGGUUAACUGAUGAAGAUUUCUUAAAAAAUAUUAGUAUAUCUGUCCCAUCGCAUCGAAGCAUUUUGGCUAAAAGUUCAGCUGAUAUUUUAUUGUUUGGGUUAUCUAGUAUAUUGGACAAGAACUUUCUUGCAAUCAAAGCUGUUCAUGAGCAAUUAGACGAUGAUAAAGAUGGUGAGAUUGAUUUAGAAGAAUCUUCUGAGUUUAUGGAGGAAGAAUUGAAUACCCCACGUUCAAAGCGACCAUCUUCUCUUCACCAAACUGAUAACCAUAUUUCAGUUGAAGAAUUGUGGGUAACAUGGCAGAAAAGUGAAGUUUAUAAUUGGACAACAGAUGAUGUUGUAAAAUGGUUAAAUGCUGUUGUUGGUCUUCCAAAAUACGAGAAAGCAUUUCGUGAAAAGAAUAUCAGUGGCAAAGAUAUACCUAGGUUAACUACAGAAAAGUUUCUUGUUAAUGAUAUUGGUGUAUUAGAUACCAUACAUAGAAAAAAAAUUGUUCUUCGAUCUUCAGACAUCAUUUUAUUUGGCAUCCCUGAUGAAAUCCCUGUGAGCUAUUUUAAAGACAUUUUUGUUUUAAGCGUUAUUUUUUUUGCUUCAUUGUUUUGUUUGUAUGCUUUUCGAGAAAAAAAACGAACGCAAAAUCAAAUAGAACAAAUGACAAAAGAUCUUGAAUAUUUGCAACUUGCAGAAGAUAAUUUAAAAAAUAUGCAAAAUAUAUUAGGGGCUUCAGAAUCCAAUGUAAAUGAUAAUUAUUACAGAGAAAGUCAGCUUAUUGAAGAAAUAGAAACUGCAAGGAAAGAAGCUGAACUUUUACGUGUUGAAAAAUAUGGUAAAAAUGAAGAAGAUAAAAUAAAAUUGUCUAUGAUUGAACAAGAGCUUUCUGAUGUUCGAUUGCAAUUGAUCAAUGCACAAAAGCAACUUGGUAGUGCACAAAUCAAGUCGCCUAAAAUGUUGCAAAAAUAUUUGGUAAUGACAUACAAGAAAGAAACAAAGCAUUUUCUACAAAGAAAACAAAUGGCGCUUAAUCAAAUGAAAGAAGCUAAAGAAGCAUGCGCCAAAGUUUCCAAAUCUCGGCGCUCUAUGCUUGGCGUAUUUCGCUUAGCGCACAGCGAAUCUAUUGAUGACGUCGAUGAAAAGAUUGUCACAGCUAGAGCUUCUUUGGCGGAAGUCACAAAUGAUCUCCAAGAGCGCCAACACCGUUGGAAGCAGAUUGAAUCUUUAUUAAGUUUCGAAAUAGUAAGUGGUAUAUUAUUAAACUAUUCCAACGAGUAUGCUGAAAGAAAAUAUUCUGUUGAGCGUGCACUUGCUGAUGCUACAGUUGUCGCAACCAUGUCUGAUUGUUCUGCCAAAGUUAGUAGAGAUUCGGAGGACGAUAUAGAAAUAGAGCAAAUUAACUCUUGUAAAAUGUCGGAACCCACUGCUGAAUUUUAUAUUCCAAAUGACCAAUAUAUACCUAAUAGAUCCGAUGUACAAAAAGUUUAUCCAAUAUAUGCAAAAUCUACAAGUGGCAAUUCACAAAAUUCAAUAGAAAAUGAAUUUAAAUUUAGAGAAUCAGAAAACGAGUCACCUAACUCACAGUUUAAGCGUAAAGGUUCUAUUUCAAAUAGUGAGCGAUCAUUUUUCACCGAAUCUUCUGAUAACGAUUUAAAUAAGCAGAAAAAAGAAUACUUUUCUCGAGGAAACAUGUCAUCUAAAAGCGAAUCUAUUAGUAGCAUAUCUUCCGAUGCUACGAUGAAUCAUAAUGGAAAGACUAUUUUUCGAGUAAACACAGAAUCCAGUGCACUCGAUGAAAGGUUGCUAAACAUUACGCCGAAUCUAGAAAAACGUUCAAAGAGUUUUACGGAUAUCCAAAAAGACUCUUCACAUUGUUUUACAAUGAAUGAGCAAUUGAACAAUAGUUCUGGCUCAUUGAGUCUCUCGACUUCCGAAAUUAAAAAGAAAAAAGGUUUUACUAAGUUAUUUCGAAGUUUUAAAAAAUAAUUUGUUUAUGAAAUAGGUUUUUUCUGAAAUUGAUUUGGAUUUUUUUAUUACGAUUAUCUUUUUUUGACGAAAAU